AUGGGCAGAAGAAAGAUUGAGAUUCAGCCCAUCACUCACGAACGCAAUCGCUCUGUAACCUUUUUGAAGCGCAAAAAUGGUCUCUUCAAAAAAGCAUAUGAACUGGGCGUCCUCUGCUCGGUCGACGUCGCCGUCAUUAUCUUCGAGGAACGACCAGGCCAUCAUGUCAAACUUUACCAGUACUGCUCAACCGAUGUUCAUAGCAUGGUGCAACGUCACAUUCGCUUCGACGGGGAGAAAGACACACGCACACCGCUCGACUUCAAUAAUGCAAAGACAGGCGAGACAGCAGACGAUGAUGACGACGGUGAAGACGACGACGGAACGCGUCAAAGUAAACAGCAGCUUCCUGCCAGCAAGCAGAACAAGGUGAAAAGUGAAGGCAGCAGCGGAGCAACUGCCACAGUGCCGAUCCGUCCUCUCGUUGCCACAAAUACCGACUCGGCCAUGACCAUCGACCUCGAUUACAGGAAUGCGCGAACAUCACCUAUAAACGGGUCGUCGUCUUCCUCUAUUCCAGUCUCGGGCGAGCGUCACAGUACGGCAACACCAGCAGGCAUGCGUGGUGUUCCUAUAAACAGUGCGAAGCGGCCGCGGCUUUUCAACGCGGGCGGGGCCCCAGAGUUGCAAAGCAUGUCGUCGGUUCAUCCUGCGAUGGGCGUGAAUGCAGUGACUGGGUAUCCGUAUCGUCUCGAGGUUGAUGUAAACCAGUACACCUCACCCAGUAUGCCUACGCUCGGCACCAUGCCACAAUCGCAUGCAACUCCGCACUCCUCCAUGGCCGCGUUGUAUCCGAGCUCUAGUGCUGUCCCCGGGUUGCUCGGUUCGCAAAACACGCACCCAAACUUCCUCCAGCACUCCCCUCCCAAUACACUCCGCACCGUCACCUUCCUACCGCACUCAUCCUCCCCGUACCAGCCGCAGCAGCAGAAUAUUUAUCACCGGCAGCCUCAUCAACAGCAACCGUCGCAGCACUCCCAUCCGAACCACAUGCCGGCUGAUCUGCUGAACACCCAGUCGCAAGACCAAUUCCCGUCGUUCGAUUGGCCGGUACACCAGCAGCAGCAGCAGCAGCAGCGUGACGCCACGCACGCAGGCCCAUCGAACGCAGACAGUAACUGGUUCGACUUCCUCUCCCAACAAAGCGCCACCAUCCCACACCCUAUGACUAUCCAACAGGCUCAUCAGUCGCGCCCUCCGUCGAGUAGUAUCCCCGGACAGCGUCCGAUGGCCUUCUCCCACCCACCAUCAUCGAGUGACGGCACCUCAUCUCACACGCGCCCACAGUCCGGCCACAAGCGUGGGCGCGAAGACGAGGGCGCGAGCGCUGGCAGCAGCGAGCGCAUCGAGGAGGACGAGCGAAUCAGGCGUCCCGGCACCGGGAUGGGCAAUCUCCCCCAUCCUGCGAGCGGGGGCGCGCCGCUCGAGCAGAUCCAGAGCGCCGGCGCGCGACCCAGGAGCGUGGGCGAGCGCCCAGCGGGCUAG